AUGGCGACGGACACAGAUGGCAGAAUUGAGGAGCCGCGUGGCGUUACAUGUGGACUUUGUUUUAACGUUUUGAAACUCCCGCUCACAUUUGACUGCAGGCACAGUUAUUGCACUGACUGUGUGCGCGCCAAGUUGGAAUCUCAAAACAGUGACGGUUUUGCAUGUCCCCUCUGCAAUGUACUGCACGCUGCGGUGUCGGCACGAAACCUGCAGAGUUUUUCUGACGCCAGAGUUGCUAGCCAUGUGAAAAUGAUAGCGGAGGGGACGGAUGGUGCACCCAUGUGCCAGUGGUGCGAAGAAGUUCCUGCAGCCGUACAGUGCCAUGAAUGCAUGUUCGUCUACUGCAAUGAUUGCAACAUAGCCGUGCACAAGAGCGCUGCUAAACGGGGCCAUGUGACAGCAAAAAUCGGGAGUCAACAGAAGCUGCGAGGAAUGCAAAAAAAAUGCCAUGUUCGUGGUCAUGAAGAGUAUCGUGCCGAGUUUUACUGUUCUCAGUGCGAGGAAAUGUGUUGUGCGUAUUGUCUUCAGGUUGGGCCUCACAAAAAUCAUGAGAAUAUGGGUGCCGCCCGGGCAGCGGCUGAUAUCCGGCAGCAGCUCUCGCGUGACAUGGGCCUGAUAACACAGAAAAAGACGGUUCUUGAAAGUCAAGCCAGUGAACUCAACCGCGUGACCGCCCAAUAUUUUAACUCAUACGAUAGUGUCGAAAACAUCAUCACGGAACGCUUUAAUCACUUCAAACAACAGUUGAUGCAGCGGGAAGUGGAGCUGCGCAAGUUACUUGCAACGCUCAGAGAAUCGGGAGACGCCUCACUCACAUCGACGCGGAAACUAUUUUUGACGAAGCUCAACGCGUUGAAUGAGGCCACGCUGCGCUUUCAACAUCUGCGGAGUGGUGGUUCUGAUCACGAAGUAUUGGAGAGCCGUUCAAUUCUCUAUAGUUUCCUCAAGACUGAGACCCCCACCGUGACGGGAAGCGGAUUCAAAGUCUCCAAUCUCGGUGACAUGAUGAUUUCGGGGUUGGAGCUCCAUUUGGAUCUACAAACCGUGCAUGGCGUGGAGCUGCAUAACACCGAUUCGACGGAAAGGAAACCGAACAAUGGUCCACCCUCAGGAGGCAUGACAACCCGUCAACCGAGUGAAGCUACGAAUGGCAACCGAAACUUUGUUGGGGGAUCGACACUGCCUCCAGAAACACCGUUGCGUUUGACAUUUCCCGUUGAUGAUGAUGUGGAAGCCACUCUGAAAGGUGACGGUGUUCUGUUGCGCUGCGUUGCACGUGGGGGAGGCGGAUCGACCCAAAUAGGUGUGCGAAGCAGGGAACUUAUGGAGACUGUUGGAACUCUUUUUCCUGAAGAUGGAGGCUGUGUUACAUGGCGGAUACGACUGGAGCUCAUUACAGAGUCUUUUGUUGGUGUUGUUGAGAAGACAGACGCCGCUGCCAUCCCUGAGGGUUUCUACUGGUGCCCUACGAAGAGCGGUGUCGUUGACGGGCAUAUUGGCCGCCCCACUCCAAUUGUUCAGCAGCUGCCUGUGUGUCGCAACGGCGAUGUGCUUCGCUUUACGUAUGACAUACGAGAAAGGACCCUACGAUUUGGUUUGAAUGGGAGUGAUCGCGGUGUCAUACUCACUGAAUUGCACCCUCGCGUGGCAGCAUGUUUUAUUUUUUAUCCUGGGGAGGCGUUGACGGUCUUCUCCUGA